AUGAUAGAUUACUUUUCAGAGAGAAUCGCCGACAUGUUCACGUGGAUUCCUCCAAAUACGUACUACGUGCCGCAAGAAUUUUGUUUUGACCAGAUUCUCUGUCCCAGUACUGAGAGCGAGGUGACUCAACGCUUGGAAUCUGCACCACGCCAGUUGGUCGACUACCUGACGAAACAGACAGAAGUAUAUCCCUCCAGCCAACUGGCUUUCAUUUAUGGAGGUGACUUGUCCUUCCAUGACGCUACAGAAACGUUUGCGUUUUUGGAUGUGCUUCUCCAAAACACAACAGAAGUGGGGCAAGCGUUCAAGAUUAACCUGGAUUACUCAACCCCGGGAUGCUACGUAAAAGCUUUGCACGGACUCAACAAAACUUGGCCCACUUUUCGGGGGGAUUUCCUUCCGUACACCGAUAAGCCGUCACGUACGUGGACGGGCUUCUACACGACGCGUCCAGCCUUUAAGUAUAUGGUCCGCUACGCCAACGGGUUCUUGCAGGCGUGCAAACAACUGGCCGUGGGUGGUGAUAAGGAGCAACUAUCACGGCUACAAGUGCUUAAGGAGGCAGUGGCCACCUUACAACACCAUGACGGCAUCACUGGCACGUCCAAGGAACUUGUGGUGUUGGAUUACGUCCAGUCACUGUGGCGCGGAAUUCAAGAGUGCGAGGCUGUCAUCAGAGGUACCUUCGCGUUGAUGAUGGACGCGAACCAGUUCGCAUUCACGCCCGAACGAUUUCGUUUCUGUCAUCUCCUCAACAUCAGCGAGUGUGAAUUCACAGAACGGAAUUCAAAGUUCGUUAUCGUGGUUUACAAUCCCCUGAGCCGACCUGAAAACGUCAUCGUACGCUUUCCUGUUACCAGUAAAGAUGUCAAGGUGACGGACCAUACAGGAAAGAAGGUCAAGGCUCAGGUUGCCGAACUGCUGGAACAUCGGACCCGCAUUCCGGAACGCAAGAGCAACGCAACGUUGGAACUAGUCACUGUGGUGCCCGUUCCUGCGCUGGGGUUCUCAGCAUUCAACAUAGCGGUUGCGACCAAGCAACCGUUGCCGAAGAGCUACAGGCGCCAACAUUUACGAGAGAUCCCGCCCGCAAUGAAUCCAUACCUUGAACUGGAGAAACAGGAACGCUUCAUAGAAAACGAUCGCUACCGCCUGGAAGUUGACACGACAUCGGGUCUCUUGUCGAGAUUAUAUCUACGCAAUCGAAAUACGGUCAUCAGCUUCAGCCAGACGUUCCAGUCAUAUGUUGCGACCGCAUCAGGUGCAGGAGCGGUUUCCGGGCACUACAUAUUUUCUGCUUCAGAAAGUCCCGAAGACUUGUCUUCACGUGUCACUUACAGGAUCAUCAAGGGUCCAGUGGUAGAGGAAAUCCACCAGAUAUAUAACCCCUACGUCUCACAAGUCAUAAGGCUUUACAGAAAUAGCGAGACGAUAGAGUUUCAGUGGACGGUCGGACCAAUUGGGACUGCAACGGGGUCAGACAUCAUCACGCUGUUCCAGACGGAUAUUGAUAAUUCCGGAGAGUUUUACACAGACGGCAACGGCAAGCAGAACAUGAAAAGGCGACUUGAGGUAUCUCCUAAUGCUUUGCCGGUGUCUUCCAAUUACUACCCGGUUGUAUCGUGGAUCUACAUUCAAGACGCUCUGACUGGGCUACAGCUCUCCGUCAUCCCAGACAGACCGCAAGGCGGUAGCAGCUUGUCCAAAGGAGCCAUCGAACUGAUGGUUCAUAGGAGACACCAUACAGCCGACUCGCUAGGAAAUCCAGAAGAUCUAGACGAAACAGGGUCCGACGGCGAUGGCCUAAUAGUGACCGGAAAGCAUCGGGUAUUUUUUGGAACGACGAAAGAAUCGUGGCCGAGAGUUCGACUGGAGGCUCUGCGCAGUGUCUACCUUCCGGUCACCAUCUUUGUUGCUCCAUAUCUAUUGGGGAACAUGAGGCUCACACGGCGCACAAUGCUGCAAGACAGACUUCCAGCCACACUGCACGUGUUAACCCUGGAACCCAUAUCGAAGAACACGAUCCUUUUCCGUAUUGAACACGUGGGACUAGUCAACAAAACGAUACGCUUCUCUUUGCAAAACCUAUUCAAACACGUCCGCAUGGAAAACAUCCAACCUACACUGCUUGGUGGAAACCGGUACCUGGAAGGUUUCAAGAGGUUCAGCUGGAACACGCAAAAAGAAGCCGAAGGAACCACGGAAGAGACUCGCCGGAGUGGCGGAGGUUCCAAAGAUGAGGUUACUCUUUCACCCGGAGACAUCACAACCUUUGUUGCGCAAUUAAAGCCCAUUGACUAACGCA